CUGGGAGGGGCCCUGAAAACAGGAACUGCUCGUCUCAUCCUGUUUCCUCCUACAGUUUACUGAAUAGGGAUCAAGUGGAAUUCGAUAGUCGAGUUGGGGCUGCGCUGCCAUUUGUCUGAGCCUCCGCCCCAAGUCAUUGUUGUCUCAGCAUAGCCGAAGACAUGACUCUCAAUACAGGAAACAUAAACUUUAAAUGGGAUCCAAAAAGCUUGGAAAUCAGAACGCUAGCAGUCGAGAGACUCCUUGAGCCUUUAGUGACUCAGGUGACUACUUUGGUGAAUUCUAGCAAUAAAGGUCCAUCCAAUAAAAAGAAAGGGCGUUCAAAGAAAGCUCAUGUUUUGGCUGCAUCAGUGGAGCAAGCAACCCAAAAUUUUUUAGAUAAAGGAGACAAAAUAGCAAAAGAGAGCCAGUUUCUUAAAGAUGAGCUAAUUGCAGCCGUUGAAGAUGUUCGGAAACAGGGUGAACAGAUGAGAAGCUCAUCUGGAGAGUUUGCUGAGGAUCCUUGCUCUUCUGUUAAACGUGGAAAUAUGGUUCGCGCUGCUCGUGCAUUGUUGUCUGCUGUCACAAGGCUGCUGAUUCUGGCUGACAUGGCAGAUGUGUACAGGUUACUGGUUCAGCUAAAAGUGGUUGAAGAAGGUAUUGCGAAAUUAAGAAAUGCUGGAACUGAACAAGACUUAGGAAUACAAUAUAAGGCUUUGAAAGCUGAAGUGGAUAAAUUAAAUGUCAUGACUGCAAAGAGACAACAGGAAUUAAAGGAUGUUGGCCACAGAGAUCAGAUGGCUGCUGCUCGUGGUAUUCUUCAGAAGAGCAUUCCUAUUCUUUACACUGCUUCGCAGGCAUGUCUGCAGCAUCCUGAUGUAGCUGCAUACAAAGCAAAUAGGGACUUAAUAUAUAAACAACUUCAACAAGCAGUCAGUGGCAUUUCAAAUGCAGCCCAAGCUACAUCAUCUGAAGAAACUGCUAAUCAGCAAGGAGGUGGAGAACUUGCUGUUGCCCUAAAUAAUUUUGAUAAGCAAAUCAUUGUGGACCCUCUUGGCUUUAGUGAAGAAAGAUUUAGACCUUCACUGGAGGAACGUUUAGAAAGCAUCAUUAGUGGAGCUGCCCUAAUGGCAGAUUCUUCUUGCACACGAGAUGAUCGUCGGGAACGUAUUGUUGCUGAAUGCAACUCUGUGAGACAAGCUUUACAAGAUCUCCUUUCUGAAUACAUGGGAAAUACUGGCCGCAAAGAACGUAGUGAUGCUCUAAAUUCAGCAAUCGACAAAAUGACUAGGAAGACGAGAGACUUGCGUAGACAGUUGCGAAAGGCUGUUAUGGACCAUGUUUCUGACUCUUUCUUGGAGACCAAUGUACCACUUCUUGUGUUGAUUGAGGCUGCAAAAAAUGGAAAUGAGAAAGAAGUAAAAGAGUAUGCACAAGUAUUUCGUGAACAUGCGAAUAAACUGAUUGAGGUAGCCAAUUUGGCAUGUUCAAUAUCAAACAAUGAAGAAGGUGUAAAACUUGUUCGUAUAUCUGCUGGACACCUUGAAUCCCUUUGCCCACAGGUUAUAAAUGCAGCUUUGGCCUUGGCAGCCAAGCCUCAUAGUAAAAUGGCACAGGAAACAAUGGAUAUUUUCAAAGAGCAAUGGGAAAGACAAGUGCGAGUCCUCACAGAUGCUGUUGAUGAUAUAACAUCAAUUGAUGACUUCUUGGCUGUUUCAGAAAAUCAUAUUUUGGAGGAUGUAAAUAAAUGUGUCAUAGCUCUUCAGGAGAGAGAUGUUGAUGGUUUGGAUCGUACAGCUGGAGCUAUUCGUGGACGUGCUGCAAGAGUCAUACAUGUUGUCACCUCUGAAAUGGAUAAUUAUGAACCUGGCGUUUACACAGAAAAGGUUUUAGAAGCUACCAAGUUGCUGUCAAAUACAGUUAUGCCACGUUUCACGGAACAAGUUGAAGCUGCAGUUGAGGCCCUUAGUGGAGACACAAAUCAGACCAUGGAUGAAAACGAAUUUAUUGAUGCUUCUCGACUUGUUUAUGAUGGUGUACGGGACAUCCGAAAGGCUGUGCUGAUGAUCAGAACUCCUGAAGAACUAGAUGAUUCUGAUUUUGAAACUGAAGACUUUGACGUGAGAAGCCGAACAAGUGUCCAGACAGAGGAUGACCAGCUUAUUGCUGGACAGAGUGCAAGAGCAAUCAUGGCUCGGCUUCCUCAGGAACAAAAGGCAAAAAUUGCAGAACAAGUGGCUAGUUUCCAGGAAGAAAAGAGUAAACUGGAUGCUGAGGUGUCGAAAUGGGAUGACAGUGGAAACGAUAUCAUUGUUUUGGCUAAACAGAUGUGUAUGAUAAUGAUGGAAAUGACUGACUUUACUAGAGGGAAGGGGCCACUGAAAAACACCUCAGAUGUAAUUAGUGCCGCUAAGAAAAUCGCAGAGGCAGGAUCACGAAUGGAUAAGUUAGGACGUACGAUUGCAGAUUACUGCCCUGAUUCUACCUGCAAGCAAGAUCUUUUGGCAUAUCUUCAGAGAAUUGCCUUGUACUGCCAUCAGUUAAAUAUAUGUAGUAAAGUAAAGGCAGAAGUGCAGCAUCUUGGCGGCGAGCUUGUUGUUUCUGGGGUUGACAGCGCCAUGUCCCUGAUACAAGCUGCGAAAAAUCUGAUGAAUGCCGUUGUUCAGACCGUUAAGGCUUCCUAUGUAGCGUCUACAAAAUACCAGAAGUCACAAGGAAUGGCAUCUCUGAAUCUGCCUGCAGUGUCGUGGAAAAUGAAGGCUCCGGAAAAGAAACCACUAGUAAAGAGAGAGAAGCAGGAUGAGACGCAAACCAACAAGAUAAAGCGGGCUUCUCAGAAGAAACAUGUCAACCCAGUGCAGGCUCUGAGUGAAUUUAAAGCAAUGGAAAGCAUUUAAAUCCAUUUAUAGAUUCAGUUGUUAGACUUUUCAUACAGUUUAGAAUAUACUAACAACUUUUUGUGGCACACUUUUUUAUAGUAGAAUGGUUGGAAAAGCUUUUUUUUAGACUGUACAGAUAAUACUUUCUGUUUUUUUGAUAUUACAACCACUUUGAGGGUAUAAAUUAAUGGCAAGCGAUGCUGAAUGAAGUCACAAGUUAUACAGAAACCUUGUGGAUAAAGGCAUUCUACAUAAUAGUUCACUGUGGUCCCGUUAAUCCAGGGACCAGACUAUUAAAGUGGCAAUAAACACUAAUUUUCAACAUGAGUUCAGUGAAUAGCUUGUGCUGAAAAUACUUAUUGAUUUAGCCAAGAAAUAGCGAUGGUUUUUGCUAUUUCUGGCACUAAGAAAGAAAAUUAAACCAGUUCUACUGGUUUCUGGUGAGUGAAAGAGACACUAAUUACCAGUGUUCCGAGAAGCCCUCUGAUAAUAAGCUGUAUCUAAAGGAAAGGAGGGAGCUUGAAACAAACUGCCGUGUUUUAUGGAGAGGAAGUUCAAUAGAAAUAUACAAUUUCCAAAAAUAUUAAAAGAGGCAGAAUGCAUUUUCAGCACAAGUUCUGUUGUAUUCCUUUUUAGCCAAGGUGUAUACUGCUGCUUUUAAGUCUAUUUGUGGACAAUGUGGCUUUUUUUUGUAUUUAGCUUAAAUUUAGAAUUGUUAUUAAUUGGCUAAAUGACUAUUCUCCUUUUCAUUUGCAGUUUUAUUAACAUUAAACACUAUAUUGUUUGAAAACUA